AUGGCCACGGAAUUCCAGCGGGCGCGGCAAAGCCUCUCUUGCCUCGAGGAGAGCUUGGCCGUGCUUACCGGCGAUGAGGCCGAGGCAGAGGGUAAGGCAGAGCACCAAGACUGGGUCUUGCUCACGGGCUGCUGUGCGGCAGAGCGCUGCAUCCUGGAAGAGGAGCGAAAAGCCUUCUUGGACGCGGAGGAGCAGCUGGCGCUGCUGGACCAGCUUACCGUCAAGAUGCGGCGGAAGUGCGCGGCGCACACGGAGCUCGAGCAGUUGCAGGCACAGAUGCACGCACAGAAGCUCGACCGCGAGGUUGCCCAGAGGGUCGCGGAGCUGCAGAGUAUUGCCAUCUACGGCCACAGCUUCGUGGAGAAAGUCCGGGAGCUGCUGUCUCGCUUUGAUGCGGCCAAAGAGCGCUUCCGGUCGCAAGUGGUCCCGCGCCUUGCCGGAGCCUCAACAUGGCUCGAGAGGGUGGGUGCGGCCACGUCCCUGUUGAGACACCCGGACGAGGUCCCCCACUGUGAAGACCCGCCCGAGGCCGCGGUGGUCGCCUCGUGCGAGGCGGACGAGGUGCUGUGCAGCGAGCGGCGGAAGCGGCAGGAGUGA